CGGCAGCAUGUGUAAAGCGAGAAAAACUAAUGUUGAAUGAGUUAUAUAGUAACAGAUAAACAACUUGUAAUUUGACACCUAGAUAAUCAGCUAUGACAGAGAGAAACAACAACAAACUUCCGAGUAACUUACCUCAGUUACAGAAUUUGAUAAAACGAGAUCCAGAUUCGUAUAAGGAUGAGUUUCUUCAGCAGUAUCGCCAUUUUCUGUCCAAUAUGGAGAUAUUUGCUCUUAAACCAUCAUCAUAUUCACAGACACUUGCAGAGCUAGUCAUGUUUGUAGCACAGGUGGCCCACUGUUACCCAGAUGAACUGGCAAACUUUCCCCAGCAGCUGAGGGAACAGCUUCACAGGAAUGCCACUGUACUUGACCCUGCACUCAGAAUGACUUUUUGCAAGGCCCUUAUUGCUCUUAGGAACAAAGGCUUGCUGCCUCCCAUCACUGUCCUGGAGCUGUUCUUUGAACUGUUCAGAUGUCAGGACAAGCUGCUGAGGAAGACCCUGUAUAACUACAUAGUACAGGAUAUCAAGAUGGUCAAUGCCAAACACAAGAAUUCAAAAGUCAACACAACUUUGCAGAAUUUCAUGUAUACCAUGUUGAGGGAUAGUAAUGCCAUUGCAGCCAAAAUGUCAUUGGAUGUCAUGAUGGAACUCUACAGAAGAAAUAUUUGGAAUGAUGCCAAAACUGUGAAUGUGAUCACAACAGCUUGUCUUUCAAAGGUUACCAAGAUCAAGGUUGCAGCUCUAACAUUUUUCCUUGGUAAAGAUGAAGACAAAGCAGACGAUGACAGUGACAGUGACUCAGAGCCUGACAGGAAGACAGCUAAGGAAGUGAUGCUGGGACAUAGGGUAGGCAAGAAAACAAAGAAAAGAGCCAAGAAAAUGCAGAAGGCCCUUAGUGUCAUUAAGAAACAUAAAAAGAAGAAGAAACCAUCAUCAUUCAACAAUGCAGCUCUCCAUUUAAUACAUGACCCUCAGGGCUUUGCUGAAAAACUGUUCAAGGAUUUGGAAGGUACUACAGAAAGGUUUGAAGUGAAACUGAUGCUUAUCAAUCUUAUCUCUCGGCUGGUAGGAAUUCAUCAGCUAUUCCUGUUUAAUUUCUAUCCUUUUAUACAGAGAUUUCUACAGCCACAUCAAAGAGAGGUGACCAAGAUUUUACUGUUUGCUGCUCAGGCCAGCCAUGACACUGUGCCACCAGAAAUUAUAGAGCCUGUUCUCAUGACCAUAGCCAAUAACUUCAUUAGCGACAGGAAUUCAGGAGAAGUAAUGGCAGUAGGUUUAAAUGCAGUUAGAGAAGUCUGUAGCAGGUGUCCGCUCUCCAUGACAGACACCCUGCUCCAAGACCUUGUACAGUAUAAAACACACAAGGAUAAAAGUGUCAUGAUGGCUGCACGCUCCUUAGUUCAGCUUUUCAGACAAAUCAAUCCAGGACUUUUACACAAGAAAGAUAGAGGCAAGCCCACCGAGGCCUCUGUGGACUUACAUGUGAGGCAGUAUGGGGAGCUAGAUGCCAAGGACUAUAUUCCUGGUGCUGAAGUUAUUAAACCUGAGCCAGACCAGAAAGAAGAGAUAGAACAGGAAGACUGGGAAGAUUGCAGUGAUGAUGACAGUGAUGGCAGUGGAGAGUGGGUGGAUAUCCAUCAUUCUUCAGAUGAGGAGGCUCAAGAUGCUGAAACAGAACAACUGAAUCCAGAAGAAAAGUUAAAACGUGCUCAAGAAGUGUCGUCUGCUCGUAUCCUGACACAGGAAGACUUCAAACAAAUUAGACUGGCUCAGAUAAGAAAAGAGGUUGAGGGUGCUGUCAAGGGAAAAGGGAAGAAGAGGAAAAGUACAACAAAAACUGUGGAUAUUGAUGCAAAUGAUGAACAGGAAGGAGGUGAUUUGGUAAAGUUGACUUCCAUAGAGUUAGUCCACAAAAGACCCCGGCAUGACAAAGAGUCCCGGUUGGCCACAGUCUUGGCUGGCAGGAAGGACAGGGAGAAGUUUGGUCACAAGGAGAGAGCAAACCCCAGAGCCAGCACCACUAAUAAAGAGAAAAAGAAAAAGAAACCAUUCAUGAUGGUCAAACAGAAAAUAUUGAGGAAGCAGAAAAGAUCGUUUAAAGAUAAACAGGUUGCAUUGAAGAAUUCUUUGUUAAAGAAACAGAAGUUCCAGAGGUGACAGACUGUUUGCUAACUUCUUAGAUAAAAACAACAGGAUAAUACAAGCAACAGACAUAGGGCAGCACCGGCCUCCAUUGCUGUAGAAUUAAGAAAUUGACGAAAACAAGGGAUAUUGCAUGAUUCCUUGUUGUUAACCCAUUGCACCCAGGUAGAACGGUGCCAACCUUUGAUUAUUUAAACAAGGCCUGAUUAUUUCAACUGCUGCAUUCAUCCCGCUGGCUUGAUAAUGAUUAAAUGACUGCGCAUGACUUUGAGCCCCAGACCAAGAUGUUGGCUGCCCUCUCUGUAAUCUCUCAAGAAGCGCAACUGUUCUCUUAGAAUGAUCACUGUCGUUUUCAUCAAACAUCGGUCAUAUAUACUCGAUCAAUAUUUACUUUGCGACUUGUAUUUAAUUAUCAAAAUGGAAUUACUAUUUACUUAGCAAUGGGAAUAUCGUGCUUCCCAAACCACUCCAGACGUGAAAUGUGGUAGGUUUGUAUCAGAGAGUUCGAGGGGGGUUUACAAAGACUAAGGAUGCUGCAAUCCUAAGCGAACGGCAGUCGUGACUUCGUUGGUCGCUCUAUUCUUUCCAUUUUUAAAAUGAAAUUUAACAGAAGUAUUUUCCUAUGGCAUUUCCAGUAUAAAGCAAUGAGGAUGUGUAAAUUGCCAUUAUAUCCAAUAAAACAAUCUACUGGAGUCUUUCAC